UAGAUUUAAUGUAUACCUAAGUUGGUUUGAGCUCAAAACAUGAAAUGCACAGAGUUUAAUGGGUAUGAAUUUAAACUAAUUUUACUGCUGUGCCGUAUCGUCAUGUAGUCAUCUUCAACUUUGAGCCUCAGCAUGAAGAACGGUCCAACAGUGCUGACAUUUUGAGCAAAUUGAACAAUUAUAAAGCCUUUAUAUAAUGCAUUAUAAAAGUAGUUUUAAUGCAUUAUGCAUUAAUGCAUUAUGCAUUAUGCCUUGUAAUUCACAUUAUAAUGCAUCUCAUGAAUAACCACAAUUAUAAUACAUCAUAAUACCGAUUUAUUCAUUGUUACACCUUUAGAAAGUACAGUCAAAUUCAUUUGAACACAUGACAAACAUUAAAAUAUUAUAGUGCAUUUUAACUUUGGUCACAAUUAUUUAUGAAAAGGUAUAAUGCAUUAGAGGGUGUAUUAUGAAUACUAUUAUAAAGUAUUAUACAUAAAGACUUUAAGUAAAGUGUUACCCUUUUGCUUUUCUGACCAGCAUUAAUCUAGCGCUCAAUAUUUAUUUCCUCUUUUGGAAAGUCACAGAAAUACUCAUAUAGAUUUCUUUUUCUUAGCUACUUGAGCAAAUGGGAAUUAUUUUUACCCCAGAAAUGGGAGGUUUAAUAAAUAUAGUCAUUGUAACAGUGUUAUUCUCUAUAACAUUUCCAUAUUCCUCUACAUACUCUGAACUACAGCAAGCAGUAAUGCAAAAUAAAGCAAUUACAGUGAAAGUUGCAAGACUGAAUUGAGUGAAAGUUGAGCGAACGUUUAAGUCAACAGUAUGCAUUAUCUUUUGACGAAAAUGGCUUUAUCCAUUGAGGACAAAGUACAACUACCCUACAUAAUGCAACACAACCUUUGCCCAAAUCAUGUUUUGCACAUAGUCUAUACAUUUGGAGACUUGUUCCCCAGAUCACACUGCACUUAUCCAGAAGCAGAAAUAUUUCACCAUGAUUUCUGGAACUUUGGUUGUGUUUGUACUGCUGUGUGGAGUAGAAACUGGUCAUGCUGGCAAGGUUUUGGUGAUGCCAGGCGAGUACAGCCACUGGCACAACAUGCGUGCGAUCAUUGACGCGCUGGUCGAUCGUAACCACAGUGUGACGGUUCUGGUCAGUUCUUCAUCACCUACUGUACCGCACACACGGAAAGAGCGGUUUGAUUUCAAUGUGUUUAAAGUCAACAUGAAGAAAAAAGAGGCCAGUGCUGUGUGGAGUGAGUUCAUUAAUCUCUGGAUGAUGGACUCAGUGACCAAAUAUGAGCGAAUCUUCAUGGUCUGGCGAGUGAUAACCAACUUUAUGGUGCUCGUUGAUGAUGUUUGCAAGGGCAUGCUUCAAAAUGAGGAUAUUUUACACAUGCUUCGGGAAUCUCAAUAUGAUGUGCUUUUUUCUGAUCCUAUGAUGCCAUGUACUGACUUGAUGGCACAAACACUGAAUAUCCCACACGUCCUGUCGCUGCGCUUUACAUUUGCGUAUACUUUCGAGCGGCUUUGCGGUCAGAUGCCUGCACCACCAUCCUAUGUUCCAGCAGCCGCUUUGCAUGAUCACCUCACCGACCAUAUGAGCUUCACAGAGAGAGUUGAAAACAUGCUCCUCUACAUUAUGCAUACAACAAUAUUCCGACUGAACAUGAAGUUUAAUUUUGAUACAAUUUACACUGAAAUAUGGGGAAAACCCACAACAAUGUGUGAGACCAUGGGAAAAGCCGACAUCUGGUUGAUUAGAACUUACUGGGAUUUUGAGUAUCCUCGUCCACUGCUGCCUAAUUUUAAAUUUGUUGGAGGACUACACUGCAAACCUGCCAAGCCUCUGCCAAAGGAACUGGAGGAGUUUGUUCAGAGCUCAGGAGAUCAUGGCAUCGUUGUGUUCUCAUUGGGUUCCAUGAUCGGCAACCUGACAAUGGAAAGAGCAAACACUAUUGCCUCUGCUCUUGGCCAGAUCCCACAAAAGGUUGUUUGGCGUUACACUGGGAAAACGCCAGAAACUCUUGCCCCCAAUACAAAACUCUAUGAUUGGAUCCCACAGAAUGAUUUGCUUGGUCAUCCAAAAACAAAGGCCUUCAUUACCCAUGGUGGGACAAAUGGACUGUAUGAGGCUAUUUAUCAUGGUGUCCCAAUGGUGGGCUUGCCACUGUUUGCUGACCAGCCUGAUAACCUAAUGCACAUGAAAACCAAAGGAGCUGCUGUUGUUCUUGACAUCAACAAAAUGCAGUCCGAAGACCUGGUGGAUGCUCUCAAGACUGUCAUAAACAAUCCAUUAUACAAGGAGAGCAUCAUGAGACUAUCCAGAAUCCAUCAUGAUCAGCCAAUGAAGCCUCUGGACCAGGCAGUUUACUGGAUUGAAUUUGUGAUGCGGAAUAAAGGAGCUAAACAUCUCCGAGUUCAGGCACAUGAUCUGAGCUGGUAUCAGUACCACUGCCUGGAUGUAGUGGCCUUCUUACUCUCAGUUGUUGCACUGAUCACAUUCCUCUUAAUUAAAACAGGCUGUUUCCUUUUCCGUAAAUGUUUCAGAAAGACUCGUCCUGAUUUCAAAGCAAAAAAGAGUAAAAAAGAGUGAGUAAAGUAGGUUACCAUAGAAGCAUUGCCUUCAAUUGACUGUGGUACGAGUGUCAUUAUCACAUGUCUAUGAUGGCCAGUGUGCAUUUUGUGUACAUUCCAAACUGUAUGUUCUUAUUGAAACAAAUACAUGUGAAUGUUAAUAAUUAUGUACAAUAAUUACAUAAGAUGACAGAAAUAAAAACAUUUCUUUAAUAUAAUACAUAUCACUGUUUGCUGAGCUGUACACUGAGGGGUUCAUUUACAGUCAGUGAUGACAAUGGUUUUAAAUCAGUGAGGAAACUCUAGCUGGAGAGUCAGGGGCCAUUUAUUUACUUCAUAAUUUCCAGGCCCUUUUCUGGUGAUCAGAGUCUAUUUAUAUCUAAAAUCUAUAGCAAAAUUUGAUUUUGUAUGACUCUGCCCAAGCUAUAAAUAUGGUGUAUUGGAAAAACUAUAUGGGGUUCCAAGCUCAGCUGGUCAGUCAGCUUUUAAAUAAAAUUUAUGCCUGUUCUGAUGAAACUCUUCUCUUUUUGCCCUGACAUUUUUCAUACUUUUUGACUAUAAACACAAAGAAGGGUGACAUCCAUCCUUCCUUCCUUCCGAUUUCUGUGUCCUAAGAAGGAUAGACGAGUGCAAUAAAAGCAUAGUAAAAGCCCAUGGGUUACAAGUUACAUAAAAAAAAAAUUUUUAAACUCCAGAAUAUUCAUUCACCAGACACUA